UGUCAAAAGUUAUCAACAAAAGACAUCUGUGUGUUGAAAUUUGUGAAAAUGCAACAAAAAUGUUUUGAAUAAUUUUGCCAUAAGUAAAUAGGUUUAUAUUUGGGAGUUAGUUUUACCUAGAUUGUGAGAAUUUUGUUAAAAGUAAAAAAUGUGGAUUCCACCGCGAGAAUGUGCAAUGCCCUUCGCUUUUUGGACCAGCGAAAGUACAUUAACCACAUCCAACUAUUUCCUGCUCCAGCACCGGAAAGGCCAUGGAGGCCUGCGAGGUUUUUCGUCUAUGCUGGUCGGUACGCUGGAUAAUGUUCUCGAUACGAAACCGUCACCGUACCGGAUUUUGCAUGUUCAACCCUCGACGGGACUUUACUAUGAAAUUGCCUCGGACAUCACAUUGGAAGCUAUCCUGAGAGACUGGGAAUGGCUGUCUAAGAACUUGUUUCGUGUGAUCAAUGAAAUGGAAACGGAUGAAGAAGUCACAAACUUUACUAUCUGUAAAAUACAGUCGUUGCUGGCACACAAUACUCGACCAACGGAGGAGAUGGUCGAUCCAUCUAGCUUUCAAAUCAUGGUCAACAAAUUUCGGGACAAGUUCAAGAUGCCGGAAGAUGAGAAGCUAGUUAGCUAUUACUCAUGCAGCUAUAUUAAAAAAGUUCCCAGACAAGGACAGUUGUAUCUUUCAUUGAAUCACUUGUGCUUCUAUUCGUACAUUUUCGGUGCAGAGAGUAAGCUGCGAUUUCGUUACACUGAACUAACAGAUAUCAAAAAGUCCGGCAAUAUGAUCACAAUCAAGACAACUGGAAGCAAGGAGUACACUUUUGCGUUCCUCUACUCACCUAGCGAGGCACACAAUUUGAUUGAACAAAUGAGCAAAAUAACAAUGCAAAAGUUGAUCCAGGAUCCGGAGCGACCGAUUUUGAACCACGACCCAAUGGUUGGACGAAAGAUGGAAAAGAAUGUAAGUCAGAAAACGGUUCUGCUGCGAGAUUUAACUACCAGACAGCUAUCGGACGAAUAUCGAGCGCAUUUCCGGCUUCCUUUGACAGAAAUUCUGGAUGGAAGGAUCAGCGCUUCAUUGUGGACACCGUACACUAAGAAACAUGUGAGUGGGAUGAUCUAUCUGUCACAGAGUUACCUCUGCUUCAAAGGCGAUGUGUACGGAUUGGUUGCACUUGUUAUUCCGCUAAGCAAAAUUAUGAGUGUUGAAAAGAAGGAAGAUCAUCACGAUCGGUUUAGCAAUCGCAUUAUUGUUACUACUUCUGAUGCAAACAUAUUUCUUUUCUCACACAUUUUGGAUCGCGAUUUUUUGAUAGGCAGAAUAUCUGUUCUACUCUCCAAAACUGCGAUGCCGAGCAAGCAGAUAGAUGACAUCGAUUGGACAAAGCAGGAACCCCUGAUGCACCUUUUUAAAGAUCCCGACAAUAAAGCCUUUGACGAUCUGCAAGCUGAGAAGCUUAAAAAAUGGGAAGAACACUUUUACAUCUAUGGCCGGGGUGUUUCCAUGUUUCGCACAACCGAAACCAUCAACUUGGUUAUUGACGGUAUACCGGACCAGCUGCGCCGCGAAAUGUGGAUGGUGUACUCGGGUGCGAUUCACAUGAAACUGAUGAAUCCAGGCCUGUAUAAAGAAUUGGUUCAGCGAGCUAAAGACCAACCGCAGACAUCUACAUUUGAAGAGAUUGAACGGGACCUGCAUCGAUCGCUUCCGGAACAUCCGGCAUUUCAAACCAACAUCGGCAUUAUGGCACUACGCCGAGUGCUGCAGGCGUACGCUCUGCGAAAUCCGGAAAUUGGAUACUGCCAGGCGAUGAACAUUGUAACGUCUGUUUUUCUUAUCUAUUGCGACGAAGAGGACGCAUUUUGGAUUCUGAGCUGUCUGUGUGAAUCGCUGCUGCCAGAUUACUACAACGACAAGGUAGUCGGAGCGCAAAUCGAUCAGGGUUCACUAGAUGAACUGAUCACGAGUCACCUGCCGAGCUUGCAUGUGAAGUUAGGUGAUCUAGGCAUGAUUCGGAUGAUCUCGCUCUCCUGGUUCCUGACCAUCUUUCUCAGCGUUAUGCCAUACGAGAGUGCACUGCACAUAAUAGACUGCUUUCUCUGCGAUGGAGCAAAAGUGAUAUUCAUUAUAGCUUUAAAAAUCCUUGAGUGGAAUCAGGACAAACUUUUAGAUUGUAACGACGAUGGGGAAGCGAUGCAGCUACUCUCCAACUAUCUGAUGGGAAUUUAUAACGAUGAGGUGCAACAAAUCAAAAAUAUGGAUAAAGAACGAAAUCAGCUAAGGAGUCAAUCGGUGCAAACACUAAUCUACGAAGCAUAUACCAAGUUCGGGAAAGCAAUAACAUCACAGAAGAUUGAGGAGCUGAGAAACAAACACCGGCGCUUGACAGUGCACCAAUUGGAAAAGGACUUGGAAAAUAGUUUUGUGAAGAACUAUAAGGAGAAUGGGUAUUUCGACGCAGAGGAGUUACGGAUGUUGCUCUGCUAUACGAAGGAUGAAAAGUUAAACCUAAAAAACUGCAGUCGCCAAACUUCGGUUAAUGUGGAACCGGUUUACGAUGCGGCAUUGCUGAGUGAUGCAAAGAAACGGUUCCGUGAUAAUCGGUACGACUGUUUCCGAGUGGAUUUCGAGACGUUCCGCAAGUUGUUCGUGGAUCUUACGCCCUGGGGGCAUGUUCAAAGUAUUGAUAUAGCGGAGAAACUGUUUCGGCUUAUGGACAAACAAGUAUGUGGCUAUUUGGAGUUUAAACAACUCAUAUUUGCCUUGGGAAUCAUUUGCUCAAAACGUGCUACGGAAAAGUUGAAACUGCUGUACAUACUGCACUUGCCGCCACUGUUGUCCGCACACGAGAUCGAAAACAGUAGCCGAACAGAGUCGAGAGAUUCCGACACGGAGGUUGCAACGGAAGCGGAAUGCUUUUUCAGCGACAACCCAAUCGAAACCAUCAAAGCCCUGCCCUCGCCAAUCGACAUUAGCCUCGAGACAUCGGACGUGGAGAACCUCUCGUUGUCCCAUUUUAACGCCACACCAAAUCUGUCGAUCGACGAAUCAUCCACAAACGCCGAAACGUCGUCUAUAUUCUACGUUGAUUUACCCGCAACUUCAACUGCUGCUGGUACUGCUCUUGACCGGAUGUCGACGAACAAUGCUAAUCUCGGGGAGGCCGAAUCGUACGGAUCCCGAUCGGACAUCAGUGAUUUGGGUUUCAACAAAAUCAACUUCGAAGAUGGCAGCAGUAGUACGACCACCAAUGGGCGGCGAACUACUGGGAACGAAUCGCGGAGCAUCAGUAGCUUGAGAAUCUUUCUCGACGAGCCGGAUUCGAAUUUUACCAACAAAACCAUUCCUAACAUGAGGCAGAAAAACUUUAUCGUGCUGUGGACGACGCUGCUAGAGAUCUUAAACAAGGGUCGAAAGAUAGCUGAUGGUGAAGUUCAGCAAGCUUACAUCACGUUGAUUUCGCUCGGCGAAGACGCAUUCUUUAACAGGAGUGGAGAUAGUUUAGAAAGUUAUACCCAGUUUACGCUCCCGCCUCCAAAUGAGACGGACCCCAACGGAAACCCAUCCGGACUAAAUGUGGAGCACUUUCCGGGUCCGCUGAUGACGCAAUAUUCCUCCGAAGAACAGGAAAGAUCCGGUGAAGUGUGGGAAAUAACGUUGAACCAGUUCAUCGCUACGACAAUCUCGGUCUGUUCCAUAGAUGAGCAUUUCUCGCAGGCAUCUUCCAUCAAAUCACGAGUGGAAAUGUUGCAGAAAAAUCGCCGGAAGUGUAAAAGUUAAUAACUAACGUAAAAAGGGAAACUUGUUCAAUUUUAUUUUUUAACAUUUAUUAGUCAUACUAAAAAUAGUUUGUUAAAACAUAAUUUUAAGUUUUGCAAUUUUCUCGAAUGCGUGCGAUGUGAACAUCUACUCCGCGAAGGGAGGCAAAUUGUACAAAUAUAAUAUGAUAUAGCUAACAGCUUGAACAAGUGAAAGUACUCCAUGUCAUAUGGCAUAAAAAAUUUAAAAAAAUAUUUAGUCCAUAAAAUGUACCUAUAUAAACUGAACAAACAAGGCGUAAUAACCUCUUACCUUGCGACACAAUGUUGUUAUAAAUUAUCUCUGAGAUGAUUAUUACAAGAUUUAGUGAAUAUCAUUUAUUUUAUUUAAAAACUCA